AGCCCCGUCAUGCCCGCACGGACAAUCCCGCCGGCGCUGCUUCCCGCUCGCCGGCCUUCCUCAGAGGGCGGGGCGGGGGCGGCGCUGCGGACGUGGCGGCGCGGCGGCCAUAACAGAGCGAGGCCAUGCGGGGCGGGGGCAGGCGGGGCCCUUCCUCCCUCUGCCCCCCCACCCCCAGGGGCCGGCGGGCGCUGGGCGGGGGCGGGGACGAAGAGGAGGAGGAGGAGGAGGAGGAGCCGCCGCCGCCGGGGUGGGGCUCGCCUUGGAGGGUGCCACGCCCGCGGUGCGUUGUAGGGCCGCCUGCGGAGUAUGGCCGGUAGGGGUGCGGGCAGCGGCCCGCAGGGACCCGCCGUGGCGCAGCCGCCCGCCGGCGGUCACCUGUACCCCGUGGUGAGCGCCGAGAGCGAGGGCCCGGAGGAAGAGGGUGAGGUGUCGGAGCUGCGGCCGCGGGGCAGGGAGAAGGUCCGGCGGAGCACGUCCAGGGACAGGCUGGAUGACAUCGUGCUGCUGACGAGGGACAUCCGGGAAGGGGACACGCUGAACGCGAUCGCGCUGCAGUUUUGCUGCUCGGUUGCAGAUAUCAAGAGAGUUAACAAUCUUAUCAACGACCAAGAUUUCUUUGCCCUGAGGUCUGUCAAAAUUCCAGUGAAAAAGUUUAGUGUAUUGACUGAAACGCAUGUCUCCCCAAAAGGAAGACAAGUCCUUCGGCCUGCUCUCUAUUCCCCAGAAGUGCAGGAAACGUCACUUUCUGAUAAAUUCUCUGCUAAUGAGACUGCUGGCAACUUCUUAAAAGAAGUGGAUCGAGAUAUAGAAGAAAUAGUGAAGUGUAAUGAUACAAAGAAAGAGAAUCUUAAUGAAGUUGUUUCUGCUUUAGCAGCCCAACAGGUUUGUUUUGAAACUGAUGGUAAAACUAAAAAAAGCAAGGAUCCUUACUACGGUGCAGACUGGGGUAUAGGAUGGUGGACAGCGGUAGUGAUUAUGUUGAUCAUUGGCAUAGUAACUCCAGUUUUUUAUCUCCUGUAUUACGAAGUUCUGGUGAAAGCAGAUGUCAGUCACCAUUCUACAAUGGAAUCUUCCCAUUUGUUUGUCACAGCAGUAUCGCAUCAGAAACAAAUAGAAAAUGGAAUAAAUCCAGCGAAUGUUAUCAAUGUUGAUAAUCAAGGAGACUUUCAGCAUUAACAACAUGUAACUUAUUGGUAGACACAUAACAUAGUGUUAGGCAAAGGGGAAACCACAGAAUGCAAAAUGUACGUGGAACGCAGAGGAAACGAGUACUGAUGUAUGACUUGCCCUCAUGGGCAGUGUUCCACCACAGGGAUAUUUCUGGGGAUCAUGUAAUCUCUGAAUAUGCCUGAGACAGGCAGUUUGCAAGAUUGGGAUACAAAUUAAGCUAUAAAAUCGUCUCUGAAGCUUUGCACUUUUUUCUAUUUUGAUAGACAUAUGUUUUUUAAUUAAUGAUGAGGUGAAAAAAUGUAGUUUGAACUAACACACAAGGAGUCUCACUGUGCGUUUUACGGCCCAGAAAUGGGCAUAUGGGGAUAUCUUAACUUUUAAACAUGUGAAAAUAUUUACAGAAUUCAUAGUACUCUUCACUUUUUAAUAUCAGGUUUACAGUUGUCAAUUAAAAUGCUGUUCUCAUAUUUUUCUCUUUCUUAUAGAGUAAGAUUUUUUUUUUUAGAACCCAAUCAUUCCAUAAUUAAUUGCCACUGUGAAGUUCCUUUUUUACAAGUGUACUUCUACAGAGGCAGUAGCAAAUACUUAAGCCAGAAUCUUUAAUUCUUGUGCCUGUGGUCAACCCCUUCUACAGUACUUUUCAAUGUAGGCAGUAGGAUAAUUUGUUUUCUCUGUGUGUGACACUGUGCUUCAACACAGUCCAGUUGAGAGAGUCGUCCUGAAACUUCACAUUCUUCUGUGAUAUGCUGCUGAAAACUGACUGGACUGCAUUCUCAUCUGGUCAGCUGUGUGUAGGAAUGAAAGAAGUGCAGAAGUGUGGCACCUUGCUGUAACAUGAAUUUUUUUUCCCCCCUUCAGCCAAUCUCAAUUCAGGACCAUAUGCUAAUGGUCUUGUGCCCAUGAACCUCAAACACUUUUUCCUGAAAUCUCCUAGAAAACUUCAAAUGAGAUUUAAUGCCUGAUAGCAAAUUGCAGCAAAAUAGACAAGUUGCAGCUUCAGACUUUUUCUUUACAUAGUAGUGUAUUUUAUCUGUUCUUGAAUGUUUCACAUGGAGUUUCAUGAUCAACCUUGGUUUUCCCCUCUUCUUCUCCCCCCCCCCCAACCAAACCAACAACAAUCAAAACAAAACAAAAAACAACAACUCUGGACUCUUCAUACAGAAAGAAGGAGUUACUUGUGUACUCAGAAUACUUUUAAAUAAAAACUGAGAUGGUGCCUAUAAUUUUUUUUGUUGUGUUUACCUUGUGGAGCAAAACUCCAUUGCCCUGCUCAAAAUACUAUUCAUUACUAAAACCCAAGAUUAACUAACUUGAUUAUAACUUAUAAAGAGAGAAGUGGAAAAAUAAUCAGUAUCCUUUAAACAACUAUUGUAAGCUUUCCAUUGAGUGUCUUGACUAAGUAUAUAGGUAUAUAUAUAUAUAGUAUAAAAAAAUCUGGUAAAGUAAAUGUUUCCUUACUAUUGAGUUAUUUCAAAGUGCUUUAUCAGGUUCUGAGAGUAAAGACUUAGGUCCCAUCUAUUCUUGGUGCAAGUAGUCUUUACUGGCAUGCCAAGUGUAUGAACAUGAAUUGGCUAACUUGUAUUAUAUUGAAAUUGAAGGCAGGCCAAAGCUUGAGGGAAAAUGGUAUACAGUUAGGUAUGUGAACCUGUGGCUCAUGAACCCUUUGUUCAGAGGGGCAGCUGUGGAGAUAGUGAGCCUACUCAUAGUCUCUGCACUAGAAAAGAGAUUACAAACAGGCAUGAACUUAAUGGUUCACAUAACCCUUGUUUUCAAAGAUCUUUUACAGUAAUAGUUCAUUUCACAAAGACAAUAUGCCAAUAACACAAAUAUAAAUACUGAGGUACCAGUUCUAGGUAAUGCUAUAUGAAAAACUGCAUUGCAAAAUACUUCUUGGUGGCUAAAGUGAUACAGCUUCUAGGGUUAAAACUUUAAAAGGACUUACUCUAGUCCAGACAAGAGAGCUUUGGCACAUGAAGACAGAUGUUUACUGUAAGGUAUGAAACUUGGUAUAUAACGUGUCAGCUUUUUUGCUGCAAGCUUAUUUACUAGUUUGCUUCUUCCCCCAUCAUUCUGUUCCUGAAAUCUCAACAGUUCUAAUACUUUAUCCUUCCAUUUCUUACAGAUUCGUCAAAGCACGUUAAGUUAGCUAUUGUGAUAAUGCAGCAUAAGCCUCUUUUACUGCACAUACCUGAACUGAUGGGUAUUAAAUUGCCAUUGGUGUAGAAGUGAAAUUAACUUUGGCUGUGGUCUGACUAGGUCAGGAAGGUCUCUGUCUGUUGAUGUAAGGAUACAGAGGUCUGUGGUUAACUGAUGCUUUUUGUUAUAUGGUGGCACAGAUGAAGAGAUCUUUGUCCCAGGCUUUGGGCCUUUACAGUGUUGGAAUACCUGUGGCUUACUGUCCCCUUGAUUUACCUUAGGAUAAGUAGUGCUUGGAAAAACAUAAAGGGACAGCUCUUUAACUGGACUGUAUUACAUUCUAAUCAAGAGCCUGGAAUGUUUUUACAAAUGUAUAACGUAGCUUAUUUCAUGCAGCACUUUUUAUCAGAAGAUGUAGUAGGUAGUUUUCCAAGAUUGUAGGACUCCUGGUCCUGGUAAACUACAAAGAUCAGCUGACAUGGCUUUCUCCAGGAUGCAGGGAUCUUUACUUUUUUUUUCCAAAGUUCAACACAACUGGAAAUGCAUCAUCACAUCAGCUCUGGAUAAACAGGGUAACUGCUCUGUAAGAAACUUAAAUCUGACUUAAGUUAAAAUCUGUAAAGUUAGUCUUCCAGAAACUGACUUCUUAAAAAUAAAAACAACAACAAAACACAAAAUAACAGUUGUAAAUCACCUUUUGGAUCAAUUGCAACAUAUUGAUCAGGAAGCUGGUUUUAACUUAAGUGCGUAUUGCACUGUUGGAUCAUAUAAAAUUGCAGUGUUUUAAAUCUGCUAUUCUUUGGAAUAUAUUGUCACAAAUAGUCUUUGUAUAACUUUUAUAAAGCCUGAAAAUACAACUUUGUAAAACA